GAGCUUAUCUUAUCAACAGGUACAACAUCAACCGCACACGAUAACAGUGCCUUCAAUGAGGACAGAACGACGAUCAACGAAAUCAGGCUCAGUGCGUAUCUUCUCUUCCGCUCCAGUAGACGGAUAGUUUUUAAAAGUGCGAGCUGCUUUGUACACACAACUGAUCUUGUGAAAAAAAUGUGACAAGUGGCAAAAACGAUGUAGCGAAACGUGCGUGAUCGCAAACCUGCAAAUUGUACGCAUAAAAAAAGUUGGAUCACAAACGAAACGAUAUAUCCGGAACGUAUUAACGGAUUGCACUACCUCCUUUUCACUCUCUCUCUCUCUCACGCUAAAACUUUCCCUUACUGCUCUCUUCACCUGUGUCAACCUCGUGACUCGCACAGGUGCAUAAUGGCAAAAAUUAGUUACAAUUCGAAUAUGUUCUGUACUACAGUAACCAUACUGCUGGUUGCAAUGCGGCUUUCAGCUUUAGCUUUAGCAAGCAGUGUUAGUACAGGUGAAAGCAGUGGAAGUGGCAGCAAAUUCUGCCCUAAGAUAUGUACCUGUGAUGUGAUCGAAAAUUUGAAAAGAGCCGAUUGUAGCAAUGAAAAGCUUAUCAACACUUACACCGAUGUGCCGUACGAUGUGGAAAUUCUUGAUCUAAGCAUCAACAUUAUAUCUUCAAUAGAAAAUGAUAACUUCAUGCACUAUGAUAAUCUGGUGAAGCUGUUCCUUUCGGAAAAUUCAAUCCAAACGAUUUCUCUGGAUGCCUUUGUGAACCAGCGCCGCCUGACGACACUGGAUCUAUCGUACAACCGGCUGGAACACCUCAAUGAGCAACUGUUCGAGCGUAAUCUACAGUUGGUAGAUUUAAACCUUUCCGGCAACAAUUUCAUGAUGCUGCCAGAUAUGCCUUUCCUCAAAAGCUACUCUAUAAUGUAUCUUCAUCUCUCCAACUGUCGCAUACCGCACAUUUUCGACACUAUGUUCAUUGAUCUACCGAAUUUGAAGUCGUUAGAUCUCUCCAAGAAUAUAAUGAACAGUUUGGCUACGGUGCCUUUCGCGCAUCUGCGUAAACUAGCCGCAAUCAACUUAAUCGAUAACCGGUGGAAUUGUAAAACGGAAGACGUGCGAAAUACGGUCAGAUGGAUAAAAGCGAGAGUACCUCUUAUCACAGUGGAUAGUUGCUUGCUCUCGGAUCUCAAUUAUCAGGGUAACCGGUUUGAACGAAUCAUGGAAGAUCCUGCACUGAAUGAUAAAAAACUUAAUCGACAAGAUGUGGCGAUUGAUCAAGUAUGGGGCCCAGCCAGUACGCAACAGUAUAGAGCUGGUGAAGAUUCUUGGCCUGCUUUUAUGAACAUAACAUGCUCUUACAUCGAUCUGGAAGAUGAUCCUUCGAAAGAAUCUUGCCUACAUUUUGCCGAAUGCCAACGAAAGUACAGGGAAUUAUACUACGCACAUAAAGUGCUGCUCUCUCGUAAAGAACCCCGGCACAGUGGGUAUUUCCGCACAGGAGUAUUCAUUGGUGGCGUACUGGUGGGUCUAAUGUUUGGCUCAUUUCUAACGUACACUAUCUGUUGGGCGGUUCGAAGUUGCAGGAAUCGAUCACUACACAAGAAAGCUAAUUAUGCACCGGACCAAAGACGCUUGCAGCGUGAGCUGCGAAGAGAAAUUCGUGGACGAAAUCAGUUCGAACACACCCGUUUAAAUGAGUCACCGGUUUUUACGCGAAGUGACCGUUUUCCCGGGACUGCACGAGCAUCUGCACCACAGAAUGACGAAAUUUAUCGAAACCAUGAGCACACGAGACAGUUUUUAGUGAACCUGUUCUCGAAACGACAACCUCGAUACGUACGCAGCAAUUCACAGCUGGCAAACAUCAACAACCGAUACAUUCCACCAACUCAAACACGUGAUGAAUUGCGGGAAGUGUCCAAUGUGGUACCACGUGCUGUUUCCGACAGUGGGCAGCUGUGGGAACAUCGAAACGACUCCUCCAACAACCACGAACAAGAAAGUAUGCUUAUGAAUAGACCUAAUGACGCUAUUCCAUUAAGCAACGAUCUGCAACCAACAUGGAUAAGCAUUCGACCGAACGGAAAUGGGACGCUUCCGCGUAGCCCUCGAGCAGGAAAGGAUGCAACGACGUCAGGCGAAAGCCCACCGCCUCCGUAUGUCGAAUGUACUUUAGACACGGAACCAAAGCAAGAAACAGUUAAUAUGUAUUAUAACUAGUUAGGAAAUUGUUUAGCUACAUGGCCGUUACUAAUGACACGUUGAUAAUAUUUAAAAGCGAGAUUAAUGAAAUUACUCAAUUAAUGUGAAUAGGAUUUGAUCAACCUGAAAAAUAUGAAAUGAUUGAGAAGAAUACCGUAAUUGUUUCGCAACUAGAAUUUGACAUAUGUUUAUUGAAAUAAAGGUCCAACGAUAAUUGACUAGAUUAAUUCAGCAAAA